AGCACGUAUCAGAAAUGCUAACUUCAGACAAAAGCAAAAGCAGGAAGGUUAACCUUCCACAAGAUAUCAUCAGCCAUGAAGGAAGAAUAGAUUCUCAAUCCAAUCUCAAUGAAGUUCCCAUUGUUUCUAUCCUGUGACGUUUCCUUCCACAUUUGGGUCACCUCCCUCCUUUGUCUGACCACUAUGAUGUACUUGUCUGUCUCUUUCUCUAUGAACUAUGCAUCUCAUUGCCUUACUAUCCGAUAAACUCCUGCAUACUUCUAUAUAAAUGGAGCCCUGUUCACCUCCAAAACAUCGCAAUAAAUCAAUCAACAUCAUUACAUUAACCAAUAAGCCAUCUAAAGAAACAAGGCAAACAGAGUGCAAGAUAAGGCAAGAUGGCAGAUUGGGGGCCUGUAGUGAUGGCGUUGGUUCUGUUCAUUCUGUUGACACCAGGACUGCUGUUUCAGCUGCCCGGCAAGAGCAGAGUGGUGGAGUUCGGAAACAUGCAGACGAGUGGGAUGUCAAUACUGAUUCACACAGUCAUCUACUUUUGCCUCAUUACCAUUUUCCUUAUCGCCAUAGGCGUCCAUAUCUACACGAAAUAGGCCUAGCUCCGUUGCUAAGAGUUUCAUGUUUUUCUGUUUUUUAACUCAUUUUGAUUUGUUUUGUUGUUAUAUUCAUAUCUAUUAAGAUGUAAUCUUCUAAGAUUAUUUGAUAUAUGAAAAGGGAUAUUUCACAAAAGCGAUAUUUCACAAGAUCUAAACAAUAAAACAGAACAAAAAAGACAAAUAUAAUCUAUC